AUGCCUCCCCCGCACCGCACCCCCCUGCGCAAAACAGACACGCACCUCCUCCCCCUCCUCUCCCUCCUCUUCCUCCUCAACGCCCUCGACAAAACCAACCUCGCCAGCGCAGAGACGGCGCAUUUCUCGCGCGACCUCGGGCUGUCGCGCGCCGACGUGCACGCGGGCGUGGCCGUCUUCUUCGCGCUGUUCGUCGCGCUGCAGCCCGUGGGCGCGGCGCUGGGGCGGCGCGUUGGGUGCAGGCGGUGGGUGCCGGCGUGUAUGGCGUUGUGGGGGGGCGCGACGGUGGGGAUGGGCAUGUUGCGGAGGGGGUGGGGGUCAGGCUUCUACCCCACGACCGUCGCCUACCUCGCCACCUUCUACACGCGCGCGCAGUUCGCGCGCCGCCUCGCCAUCUUCUACGGGCAGGCUGCGCUGGCGCCCGCGGUCGGGGGCGUGCUGGCUUGGGGGGUGUUUUCGUGGUUUGGUGAGGACAGCACCACCUCUCCCCCAUCAUCUACUGUCGACGGUGGAGGAGGCUAUGCAGGGGAACCCACACCCUGGCGCCCCUGGCAACUGCUCUUCCUAAUCGAAGGCGGUCUCACCGUCGCCGUCGCCGCCGUCGCCGCCCUCUACCUCCCGCACGGCCCGCGCACGGCGUGGUUCCUGACGCCGACGGAGCGGGUGAGAGUGCAUGAGGCGGUGCGGCGCGACCGGAGCGAGGAGAUGGCUUUUCACUCUUUCCCCUCCCUUUCCCCCACCGCCUCCGACGACGACGACGACGACGACGACGACGCUGCCAACGACGGCGCAGCAUCCCCCCUCCUCCCCCCCUCCCCCAACCCCCAAAAACAAAACACAACCCUCCACGCGCUCCUCGCCCUCCUCACCUCCCCCUACCCCCCCGCCCUCCUAGCACUGAACAUCCUGACCGCCCUCCCCGCCAUAUCGCUCUCCCUCUUCCUGCCCCUGCUCCUCGUGCCACUAGCACCCAACCCGGCUCUUGCGAACCUCGCCACCGCGCCGCCGUUUCUGCUCGCUGCUGCAGUGCUGUGGGUGGUUACGGGCGUGAGUGAUCGCUGCGGGGAUCGGACGGGGGUCGUGCUGGUCGCGUUGGGGGGCGUGGGCGUGGGGUGUGUGGGGUUGGGUGUUGGUCGAGCCCCUGGUGAGGCCCCUGGCGGGGCCUUUGGCGGGGUGGAGUUGGGGCUAAAGUACAUGUCGCUGUGUGUCCUGCUCGCAGGCGCGUACGUCGCGUCGCCGCUCACCGUGGCCUGGAUCACGGACAACGUGCCAGGCGGGGGCGCCAAGCGCGCGCUCUGGCUCGGGAUUAACGGGUGGGGGAACGUAGCGGGCGUGCUUGCGGCGUGGGUGUUUAGGCCUGUUGGAGGCAAUGAGGCUGUCGUCACAGACCCCCUCCGCGCCUACCGCCCCGCCUUCCGCUCCCUCCUGCUCUGCACCCUGCUCGCGCUGGCCGGGUACGCAUCCUUCCGGCGGCACCUGCAGCGCGUGAAUGCGGCGCGGGCAGCGCUGCUGGCUUCGUGGAGCGCGGCAGAGGUGCAGGCGGAGCGGGUAGCGGGGAGAGGGCCGGCUAUGCCGCGGGGGUGGUGGGAGAGGGGCGUGUUUUGCGUGCUGGAGGGGGUGAGGUACCGACGAGGCGAGAGGCGAAACACGAAGACGAGCACACGACCGAUCCCACAUCCUCCCCAGCACUAUGGCAGUCCUUAG